AUGUGGACUAUUGUGGAAGAAACAGGUGCUGACAAGAUGUGGGCGCAGCUCGUUGACGAGGACGAGGAUGGAAUUUUCUUCCCGCUUGAUCCUGGAAUGUUGUUUUUUAGUGGACUUGAGAAGUGUGCGUUUGUUGAGGAGGUCGUUUCGACGCUCGUGAGGUUCCCCGUCAAGGCUUUGAGGGAGGGUGCUACGGGUGAUGCUUGGAGAAGGGUUCCUGUUACCUUUGGGAAGACGCUUAGGGAUCUUGCGGUUCCUGUUGCUGCGCAGGAUACUAUGUUGGAGAGGGUUCGGGGGGAGGGUGGUGUUGUUAGGGUUAAGGAGUUUGAUACGCAUCAUAGUCCCCGGGUUUCGAUGCCGGAGGAGGUUGUGAGGGUUGCUGUGCAGGCCUGCGGGUGA